AUGUCGGUGUUGGGCGACCCCACAUUAGUUCAGUGCCAUCAUGGGCGCAAACAGUCCCAAGAACAUCCGUCGUCCCAACACUCACCUCCGCGAGCGCUCCAUAAAGCGAUCUCCAUCCCAGCCGUAUCAUCACUCGUGAAGGAUUCGUGGAAUUGGGCCGGUGAUACUCUGUACACCUAUCGUGAUGGUCUCUCCAAGGAACAGCGGAAACAAAGGGCGGACAUCGAGGACCGCAAACAAGUCCUAUACCUGAAAAUAAAGAAUGCUGUGUCGUACGAGGAAUGGCGAAGUUGCGCCAGUGAACUGGAUGAACUAGAGGACAACAAUGCCUGGAAGCAGAGACUCGAGUGCACCGAAUAUGAUCCUCACUUGGUACAGGAUCGAUUGCGACAAUUGGAAGAGGCUCGCAUCAGCUGUGAUGUAAGCCGAAUGCUGUUUCUGGUGCGGACUGCGCUGAGUCGGGACCUGGCGCACAUGAGCAAUGCCUCUCUCUAUCGACAUUCGCAUAUCGGCACCAAGGACUUGAUUGAUAGAUAUAUUACCACGGCUGUGGAGACCAUUGCCACACUGGUGGAUUUGUCGGUGCAUGAUCGCUGCGAUGGGCUGGAGCUGAAGUAUAUCUUGGACCAGCUGCUGGCAGCUCGGCAGGGAUUCGGUCGCAGUGCGCUUCUCUUCUCCGGUGGCGCAACUUUUGGAAUGGCCCAUAUCGGGGUUCUCAAGUCCCUUUACGAGACAAAAAUGAUCCCGCGAAUUAUCUCAGGUGCGUCUGCUGGUAGCAUUGUGUGCGCCGUGUUUUGCACGCGCACAGAUGAAGAGCUGCCGGCGCUCCUAGAUACCUAUGUACAUGGGGAUUUUGCCGUCUUUAAUGAGAAGGGCCGAGAAGAAAAUAUCCUGCAGAAGAUGACUCGUUUUUUGAAGUUUGGAUCAUUUCUUGACAUAUCCCACCUUGCGAAGACUAUCAGGAACUGGCUGGGAGAUAUGACCUUCCAGGAAGCAUAUAACCGCACUCGCAGAAUUCUGAAUAUCUGUGUGUCGAGUGCCGGCAUGUAUGAGCUUCCGCGGCUGUUGAACUAUAUUUCGGCGCCCAAUGUCUUGAUUUGGUCUGCUGUAGCUGUAUCGUGCUCUGUUCCCUUUGUCUUUAGGCCAUUCACAUUGAUGGCCAAAGAUCCGUUGACAGGAGAACCAGUCCCGUGGAAUGAUCUUGACAAACAGUAUAUUGAUGGCUCUGUCGAUGGAGAUCUGCCCAUGACACGGUUAGCAGAGAUGUUUAACGUGAAUCAUUUCAUUGUCUCUCAAGUGAACCCUCAUGUGAUGCCAUUCCUUCCAAAGGAAACAGGCCCACAUGGCGAGACAAACGACGGCCCUUCGUUCAUUCCUCGAUGGAUGAGCACGAUGACACACCUUGCUAAGGACGAGAUUCUGCAUCGAGUGAACGUCCUCUCCGACCUUGGAGUCUUCCCAAAUUCAAUGACUAAGUUCGCCUCUAUUGUAAACCAGAAGUAUCAUGGAGACAUUAACAUAUACCCGGAACUUAUUUCCAACUUCCCACGGCUCUUGGAGAAUCCGACAACAGAAUUCAUGCUUUCAACAUGUCUAAGUGGCGAGCGGGCAACAUGGCCGAGACUAAGCCGCAUUCGAAACCACUGCGCCAUUGAGCUGGCUCUCGAUAAUGCGAUUCAAAACAUGCGGGCCCGGGUAGCCUUCAGUCCGACCCAGGUUGAUCUACGUACGCCAAACUUCAACCGUCACUCGAUUGACUCGGGAGAUAGUGGAAGGGGGCGGUAUCGCGACAGGCGAACAGGAUCCCACAGCCACGAGCUGGAAAAGAGGCACUCGAGCGGACAAGCACGGCGCCGAGCAUCUCGGGAACUGAGAAAGGCGCGAAGCACAGUUUCACUAGAAAAUCCGCCUAUCUCGCAGUCAAGCGAGUCAAUCCCCAUGUCAAACCGACCAAGGACCGAGCGCGGUACAUCCUCAGUAUCCUUCACCAAUGGAGCGAUAUUCGACAUCGGGUCAAGCAGUGAGGAUGAGCUCGAACGAUCGUACAUGCUCCGUCCUAGGCUCGCAGGUCACCGAGCGUCUUCGGAGUCAUCUUCAUUCGGCGGAGCACGUGCGAACAGCGGACUUCGUAGCCCCGUCCGAUCCCGCCGAUCCUCAUUUUCUUCUGGUCCGGCGUACAAUUCUUCCGCCACGGCUCGUCGAAGUUCCCCAAAGCAGGCUCAUGCGUUGGCGGCUCGUGACUUCUCCAUGACUGUAGCACCUUCGUCCCGCCAUCUGCUCAGCAUGACUCCAACGCCAACAGUUCAUCCGAGCUCGCCUGACCCCCAAACGCGCAAAUAG